UCUCAGCCAGGACAAAGCACCAUGCCUGCGCAAGCGGUGGUGACCUUGCGCUAUGGGCCCUACAGCGCAGUGGGCCUGUCCGUGGAGCACCGCACCUACCGACUGCAGGGUCUGCAAGCUGUGUUGGCCAAAGACGGACAUCAGAUCAUCCUGGAGCAGAUAGAAGACUGGAAUCUGGUGGAGCUUGUGGUAAAUGAGGAGACGGUCUUUCAAUGUGAUAUCCAAGAGCUGGAGUUUGGGGGUGAUGGCAAACUAGACCCACUGUGUGAAGAGGCCAGGAUCGCUGUGCUAAAUGCCUUCUGAUCUCGUGGAGCAGACAGAAGAACACCAGCUAUGUCCUCCAGUCUACAGUACCUGCAAAAGGGGCUUAGGAGCCACAUGGACGGUGGGCUCUACCA